GCCCAGCGGUCUAGUAAUUUGGAGCCGCUCCACCGCCAAAUCUGGUGACGCGGUCCGUCGCCCCACCCGUCGGCAGCCACUCCCUGUCUCGGUCGCCGAACUCGAGAGGGACACGUGACCCUGCGGGGGCCAGUCACGUGAGGCUCAGGCCGGGUGGGAGGGGGUUGGCCCUGGGGGUCCGGAGCGGCAGCAAGAAAAAAAAAAGAGGAAGAUGGCGGGGUGCAGGGGGUCCUGGUGCUGCUGCUGCAGAUGGUGCUGCUGCUGCGGGGAGCGGGAAAGCCGAACGCCCGAGGAGCUGACCAUCCUCGGAGAGACACAGGAGGAGGAGGAGGAGAUCCUGCCAAGGAAAGACUAUGAGAGUUUGGAUUACGAUCGCUGUAUCAAUGACCCUUACCUGGAAGUUUUGGAGACUAUGGAUAAUAAGAAAGGCCGCAGGUAUGAGGCGGUGAAGUGGAUGAUGGUGUUUGCCAUUGGACUCUGCACGGGUUUGGUGGGUCUGUUUGUGGACUUCUUUGUGCGCCUCUUCACGCAGCUCAAGUUCGGAGUGGUGCAGACCUCGGUGGAGGAAUGCAGCCACAAAGGGUGCCUCGCCUUGUCCCUCCUUGAGCUCCUGGGUUUCAACUUGACCUUUGUCUUCUUAGGGAGUCUUCUCGUCCUGAUUGAGCCUGUGGCAGCAGGUUCCGGGAUCCCCGAGAUCAAAUGCUACCUGAAUGGGGUGAGGGUGCCCGGAAUCGUCCGUCUCCGGACCUUGGUCUGCAAAGUCUUCGGGGUGCUGUUCAGCGUGGCCGGAGGGCUCUUCGUGGGGAAGGAAGGCCCCAUGAUCCACAGCGGAGCCGUGGUGGGCGCGGGCCUCCCUCAGUUUCAGAGCAUCUCCUUCCGGAAGAUCCAGAUUAACUUCCCCUAUUUCCGAAGUGACAGAGACAAGCGGGACUUUGUAUCAGCUGGGGCAGCUGCUGGCGUCGCUGCAGCCUUCGGGGCUCCCAUUGGGGGGACCCUGUUCAGUCUGGAGGAGGGCUCGUCCUUCUGGAACCAGGGGCUCACGUGGAAAGUGCUCUUCUGCUCCAUGUCGGCCACCUUCACCCUCAACUUCUUCCGUUCUGGGAUUCAGUUUGGGAGUUGGGGCUCCUUCCAGCUCCCUGGAUUGCUGAACUUCGGCGAGUUCAAGUGCUCUGACUCUGAUAAAAAAUGUCACCUCUGGACAGCUGUGGACUUGGGUGUCUUCAUCGUGAUGGGGGUCUUUGGGGGCCUCCUGGGAGCCACAUUCAACUGUCUGAACAAGAGGCUCGCAAAGUACCGAAUGCGAAACGUGCACCCGAAACCCAAGCUCGUCAGAGUCUUAGAGAGCCUCCUGGUGUCUCUGGUAACCACUGUGGUGGUGUUUGUGGCCUCCAUGGUGUUAGGAGAAUGCCGACCGAUGUCUUCAGGUCAAAUCGGGAAUGACUCGCUCCUGUUCCAGGCCACAUCAGAAGAUGUGAAUUCAAGUAUCAAGACCUUUUUCUGUCCCAAUGAGACCUACAAUGACAUGGCCACCCUCUUCUUCAAUCCCCAGGAGUCUGCCAUCCUCCAGCUCUUCCACCAGGAUGGUACCUUCAGCCCCAUCACUCUGGCUCUGUUCUUCACCCUCUAUUUCUUGCUUGCGUGUUGGACUUACGGCAUUUCUGUUCCGAGCGGCCUCUUUGUACCUUCUCUGCUGUGUGGAGCUGCUUUUGGACGUUUAGUUGCCAAUGUCCUCAAAAGCUACAUUGGACUGGGCCAUGUCUAUUCGGGGACCUUUGCCCUGAUUGGUGCCGCGGCUUUCCUGGGCGGGGUUGUCCGUAUGACCAUCAGCCUCACGGUCAUCCUGAUCGAAUCUACCAACGAGAUCACUUACGGGCUUCCCAUCAUGAUCACUCUGAUGGUGGCCAAGUGGACAGGGGACCUUUUCAAUAAGGGCAUUUACGACAUCCACGUGAACCUGCGAGGAGUGCCGCUUCUGGAGUGGGAGACAGAGGUGGAGAUGGACAGACUGAGAGCCAGUGACAUCAUGGAGCCCAACCUGACCUACGUCUACCCGCACACCCGCAUCCAGUCGCUGGUCAGCAUCCUGCGCACCACUGUCCACCAUGCCUUCCCCGUGGUCACUGAGAACCGGGGCAACGAGAAGGAGUUCAUGAAGGGCAACCAGCUCAUCAGUAACAACAUCAAGUUCAAGAAAUCCAGCAUCCUCACCCGAGCCGGCGAGCAGCGCCGGCGCAGCCAGUCCAUGAAGUCCUACCCGUCGAGUGAGCUGCGGAACAUGUGUGACGAGCACGUGACCUCAGAGGAGCCGGCCGAGAAGGAGGACCUCCUGCAGCAGAUGCUCGAGCGAAGAUACACUCCCUACCCCAACCUAUACCCUGACCAGUCCCCAAGUGAAGACUGGACCAUGGAGGAACGCUUCCGCCCUCUGACCUUCCACGGCCUGAUCCUGCGGUCGCAGCUGGUCACCUUGCUCAUCCGAGGAGUGUGCUAUUCUGAAAGCCAGUCGAGCGCCAGCCAGCCGCGCCUUUCCUACGCGGAGAUGGCGGAGGAUUACCCACGGUUCCCUGACAUCCACGACCUGGACCUGACGCUGCUGAACCCGCGGAUGAUAGUGGAUGUCACCCCGUACAUGAACCCGUCACCCUUCACCGUGUCCCCUAACAGCAGCGUCUCGCAGGUUUUCAACCUGUUCAGGACCAUGGGGCUGCGGCACCUGCCGGUGGUGAACGCAGUGGGAGAGAUCGUUGGGAUCAUCACCCGCCACAACCUCACGUACGAAUUCCUGCAGGCCCGGCUGCGGCAGCACUACCAGACCAUCUGAGGCCCGGCCUCACCCACGGGCCAGCGCCCUCCUGGACUCCGGGGAGCAGCUCUGGUCCCCCACGGCUGGGGGCUGCCCCAGGGCACGGCAGAGCCCCGUCACCCCUCGCGCGGAAACCUGCCGUCAUCGAACACUUGCUGGUCUAGAUCCUGGGGAUGGUCUGACCGUCAGAGUUUGGGUUUGUCUGACUUCCUCAGCGAGCAUCUUCCCGCUUCCCGCUCCCCGAGCUCCGGCCAUCCAGGGCGGCACAGGCUUCAGCCCCUGCCCCACGAUGCCGGGACCCGAGAGGGAGUGACACCGAGCAGUGUUCUGCCCCUCCACUGCUUUCCCGGGGGACCCCGCUCUGCCUUAGCCGCGAGGGAGGGAUGUGGACACGGCAGGCCCUGGGGAACGCCAGGUGGAAAAUGACGUGAAGGACUGGCUCCGGGCUGGGCACUGAGAAGAUGGCCUCGUUCAGGCGGCCUUCCUCCGCGCUCCCCCUGUCUGCAGGCUCCCGGAGGGGGUGUGUGCUGCUUCCGGGCGUGAGCUCAGCUCUGCCCUGUGGCUUCAGUCUCCUUAGAACCCCCCGUCCCCCAAGAAGCACGAAGCAUUAACCCCACUAAUCGUCCCUGAGCAGUGGAUCUGACAGUGGGGCCAGCUUUACAUCUGCCCUGGUUUUUAACAUUUCAGCUUUCUCUCCACUUCCCAAGUGACGCAUGGUCCCCGGGUGACGCAUUUUUACCCCGAUUUGCCCCUGCUCCGUUCUCCUCCACGGAAUCCCUAAACUCCCCACAUUUGCCUGCGUCUUCCUGUAAAGCCCAAAGGGUCCUGAGGCACCCCCCCCCCCAACUUAAUUAAGUAAAAGCAGGUCCCCCAAGUUAACUAAGAGCGGGCUCCCCCUCUCCUCCCCCCCAGUUUAACUAAGAGCAGGUCCCCCAGUUUAACUAAGAGCAGGCCCCUAGGUAAACCGCUGGUCUCUGGAGAACGGUACGGUUACUUCCAAAUGGGAAGGAGGGAGUCUGAGCCAGCGACCGCCACGAGGUACGAGAUGGCGGCUUGAAAUGCCCAAGUGCGGCGAUGAAGCAGAUGCGUGUGCGAGGACACAGGUGUCCGCACCCCACAGGCCCCUGUCACUUCCCACUGCCAGCCCAGCCUGCUGAGGCGCUCAGCAGUGAAACAGGAUGCUUCCUGCCAGCACGUGCCCGGGGCUUUGGCAUCAAACCCGGGCAGGCAGCCUCCCUCUGUCAGUGGCUCAGCUUCUCCGGGCGGCCGGGCCUCUGGGCGUCGGCGUUUGCUCUCACUGGCCUCUGCUCUCCACGAUGAGCAGCAUCCGGGCCAUCAGGAACCCGGGCAGGUGGGCUUGGCCCUCGAGGUGGCAUCCGUUGGCGUCUCAUUUUCUCGUGCUUCGAUCUGGGAGUUGCCUGAGGGCGUGCUGCCUGGCGGUGGCCACACUUGUCGCCCUCCACCCCUAGGUGAUUUUGGUGGAAAGACCCUUUCCAGGGGUGGGUGUCCGUCUGCUCUGCCCGCCCAGGUCUGGGCUCAACACGCUCAGUGAGCAACCCGCUCAGUGAGGGGCCUUUCCCAGCAGGUGGCCUCCGCCCCAUCUUCCCCCCUCGACCAGAAGUACUCUGCGGUCUGAGCGUGUCCGCUCGCUGGAGGCACUUGGUGUGUGAAACAUGAUGAAGCCCCAGUGCGUUGUUGGGGAAAUCACAAGGACCAAAGAGGCCAGCCCUUCUCAGCGUGGUGUGAGCAGCCGCCACUUUGCUUCCAAGUGUUCAGAGCUUGCCCGCAAUCAUCUUCCUUCCGUGACAGAGGAAGCCAGGCGCACGUCAGGAGAAUGGCGUGACCUCCUCACAGGAACUUGACCCUCUUCCCAGCCCUCCCUGAGGGGGGCCAGGCCAAGUUCUUAGGGGGUCCGCGGGGCCUCUCGUCCUGGGCUGGGUCCCCAGGAAACGGCCCUCAUGCACAUCGCGUUGCUUUUAAGGCACCGGGCACUUGUUCCCUUCAGUGGAGCCCAGAGAUAUACAACAGAACGCAAAUGCCUCCCCUCCGCCCCUCCCCUCCCCACCCCCGAGUCGGCUGGACGGCUGCCAGGGAGGGCCAGACCCAGGCCCCUCGGGAAAGGGGCUUCCUGUCCCCUGUGACGGCCAUCCUCUCCUGGUGCCCAGAGAGCCAUGCCCACUCCUGUAAGCCUGCUCCUCGGAAGUCUCAGAAACCUGCGUUUCCAGCCUCACCCGGUGCCAGCAGCCCCGGGGGCUCUGGGAUCUGGUCCUCCAUAAACGGCCGCACAGGCUCCGGGCGUGGCUAGCGGUGGCUGUGUUUGGUCUCUGGUGUUUCGUGGUCCCUGACUGCCGGCAAGGAAGGUGGGGUAGAGGCCCCACGGCUGCAGGACUUGCACUCAGAGGUGAUUUGCUCAUGGCCUUGUUUAACGAGUGGCUCCGGGCUGGAAUGGACAUGGCAUGUCCGGUGCGAUCCCGCCCUCGGUGUCGGAGUGGCUGGCGGCAGUAACGUUUGUGUGCGGGAUUGCACGCCAGCUGCGGGCCCUGGCGUGUGGACAGCAGCAGCUUCCUUUGUUGUGUUCGCACUGUUUGUUUAUAUGUAACCUUCGCUAAUUCCAUGUGUAUAUAAAUUGUAUUUUUUUAAUUUGUAAAAUCCUAUUUUUAUUUGAACUUUUAGAACUUGGAAGUUCUCAUCAUAACCUUACCACGUCGUAAUAAAACGUCUCCAUCGGUCU